CAUGUUUUAUCAUACAGCUGACCAUUUACGAUUCUCAUUGUGGAGCAAUUUCAAAAUGGUUUGUUGUUGUGAAAUGCUAUAUAUGUUACUGUGAAAUAUGUGUCAAAUAUUGGAUAACUCAUUACAUGGGUAUUAAAUAUGUACAACAACUGAAAUGAAGGUUCAUUGUACGAAGGCGACACGUAAUCCUUGUGAGUCCUUUCGAGAUUUUUCAUCGGUGACAGACACUUAUUCGAGAAUGUAAUGGCCUGGAUAUUCACCAGGACUUGUUUACUAAAUUACUUAAUUGAUCAAUAUGAGUGAUCAACUUGCCGUGCCUGGUAUCUACGGAGCUGGUGUGGUAGAUUCGAAUGGAUAAUUAUAUCCCCAAUACCAAUAAGCGAGAGAGAUAAAAAAGGUAGUAGACUGAAGUAGUUGGAAUCUCGCCCGCUGGUGAGUGGAACGUCUUUGGUUGGACUGGUCCAAGCUAAGUGUGAAAACACAUGUAGAGAUGGCAAGCAAUGGGGGUAUUCCAGUAAAUGGACUACUCAAUGGAAUUAAGAAAGGAACAACGAUCCUCACUGCUGAACCAUUUGUAUUUGUUUUGAGUCAGCAGCAACGGAAAGAAAGAUGUGAUCAGUGUUUUAAAAGCUGCAAAAUAUCACGAUGCGCUGGUUGCCAAUACGUUUUUUACUGUGGACGGAAUUGCCAAAGAGAAGCUUGGUCCAUUCAUAAAGUAGAGUGCCCUAAUAUCAAAAGAAUCCAUCCACGUAUACUUCCAGAUGCAUCUAGAAUGAUGGCGAGAAUAAUAAUAAAAUUAAGUCAGAAUGGAAAAGAGGAACGAGGAUACUACACACCGCAGAAAUACAGAGUUUUCCAUGAUUUGAUGUCACACGUGCUGGAUAUUAAAGGUGACAUGAAAAAAAUGGAGCACUUCACGGCUCUCAGCUUAAUACUCGCUGAGUUUUUACCAAAGGAUAUGUUGCCAGAUGUCAAGGAAUUACUGGGAAUAUUUGGACGCAUGAGUGUUAAUUCUUUCAAUAUUCUUGAUACUGAUAUGACGAGUUUGGGAGUGGGAAUAUACUUGGGACCAUCGAUUAUUGAUCAUAGUUGCAAACCCAAUUGUAGCGCUAUAUUUGAGGGAACAACAAUAAUUAUACGAACACUUUGUGAUAUAACAAGUUUUGAUUGGUCUGAGGUACGCAUUACCUACAUCGAUGUACUGAAGGACACAAAUACAAGACGUGCAGAGCUAAAAAAAUCGUAUUACUUUUUGUGCGAAUGUGAGCGAUGUAAUUGUCCAGAGACCAUCGAAAUUGCCGCAGCCUGUCCAAAUAAAGAAUGUACAUAUCCAUGUCAAUCUCGUGAUUCCCACUGUAUUAAAUGUGGUGAGAAGUUUUCCAAGGGGUUUGCAGAGUGUUUCGAUGAAGUUAGCGAAUUGUCUGCUUUUCACCUAGACAAAAUGUCACAUACAGCAUAUUUGGAUACGGCAAGAUUGUGCUUGGAAAAACAAAAAGGGGUCUUGCAUCCCUAUAAUCUUUUAGUAGUUCGAAUGUUAGAAAUGGCUUUGGCUGCUGCUAUGGACUUGAAACGAUGGGAAGAUGCUGAAAAGUACGCUGCUCAAUUAACUGCUAGAUAUUUGUUUUAUUUCGGUGAAACACAUCCAAUGACUGGGCAAGUACAUUUUGUACGAGCAAAAUUACUUUCAUCUCAGAAGAAAGGUAGAUUGGCCUUAGAAUACAUUACAAAAGCUGCUCAAUUAAUAAAAAUUUCAUUUGGUGAUGAUCACUCAAAGAUGAAAUAUGAAGUAAGGCCUCUUCUUGAUCAGUUAUUAGCUGAAUAUCAUCUUGAAAAACAUCAAGAUGUUACUGAUCAAUCAUAAUCAUCAUAAUAUGACUGAUAGCUGAGAUAUGGCUGACUAUAUUCUGAAAUAAAUUGAUUACGGAAAAAAAAAUAAAAAUAUUUUGUAAUUCGCACUUGUUGAAAUAAAAGUUUUUGAUUAUUUCUA